AUGAUUACGUCCUCAUUUGCGCCGAGUCUGACUCGAAGAGAUACCGCCAAAUCAACCGGUGGAUAUGAUACCGCGCACGGGGGAAUUCCCCCGGUGACCAGCGGCGGAGGUCCUUUUGGCCCGCAGAGUGCCAGCGCCAUCUAUCAACAGAUUCACGAUAUGGCGGCGAAACGAAUCUCAACAUUGGACUAUUUGAGGAAAGCACUCGAAGGCCGGGUUUACUGGUUCAAUACCGUGCAUUUCUCCCGAACAGACAUUGGUCGCUUACCAUACUUCGAGGCUCGAAAGCUUUCUCGUCGAGCCGUGAAUUACCUCCUACUGGGUCUUUCCCUACCUCCCAUUCUCGACGUUAAUACAACCCCGUUCGAAUAUUUAAAAGCCCUAAACGCCCUUCUCCUCGAAUUCGAAGCCUUUCAGCAGGUACAUCCGCCGGAUGGAAGUUCUUCGUCAAGUCUAGCGAGAGCACGUAUACCACAAAUGUUCAAGCGAGCGACCCAUGCCGGCACAAAGACUCGACGGGCCAGCUCGGCAACAGAGAUUGGAUUGCCGAUGCAAACCAGUGACCCUUCGGAUCUGAAAAGUGCUGCCGCAAAUAUCAACUCACAUUCGACUGCGGCAGCUUCGGUGAUCUCAUUCCCCUUGACAGAGUCGUCUGAUCUUCUACCGGGCGAAGAGUACAUGUAUCUCUUGACGCCAUCAUUACCCUUUGAACCAGAUUUCUUCGAGACCUUUGCCACACUUUGUGAUGUCUUGAUUGACUGCUAUAGUCGCAUCACCAGUCUAGUACCAUCGCCAUCUGUCUGUACCGUGGCCUUGGGAGAGACGUUUUCCAAAGCAGACGCGAAAAUCCGAAAGAUCAUGGUGGCGGGUGCGGUCCGAGAAUUCGAAGACGCGAGCCGAAAUGGCGUCAAAAACGAGGUCGCAGGCGUCAGCCGCGUGGUCCUAGGGGGUCUGCUGGGCUAA